CUGUUUGCAAACAGUGCCCGCCGGGUGCCUAGACCCUGUCCCUGUAGUGCUGCAUCUAUUGUCGUGCCUGUUCUGUGGUCGGUUCAGUGUGUCAUCUACAUGUUUUCUGUCGAUCACCUGUCUUGAUGAGGAGUAAACGAUUCAUAAGAGAUCGGAGAGAGGAGGACUGGCUGUCGGAGAUGGCGGGCCAGCACUAUUGCUUGCGCUGGAACAACUACCAGUCGAACAUGACCUCGGUCUUCCAUCAUCUGCUGCGAACCGAGGCUUUCGUCGACGUCACUCUCGCCUGUAACGAGGAGUCCCUCAAAGCUCACAAGGUUGUCCUAUCGGCAUGUUCGUCUUACUUCCAAAAGCUUCUGAUGGAGAAUCCAUGCAAGCAUCCGACCAUUAUAAUGCCCCAAGAUGUUUGCUUCAGCGAUCUUAAAUUCAUUAUAGAAUUUGUCUAUCGUGGAGAGAUUGACGUCUCACAGGCUGAACUGCAGUCACUGUUGAAAACAGCCGACCAGCUGAAGAUCAAAGGCCUUUGCGAGGUACCCGAUGGUGAGGGCGGGGGCAGUAGCGGUGGUGGAGGCGGUAGCAGUGGAGGUGGUGACGCGGUUUGCGCCGAGGUGACUCCGCUGCCUCCAGAGACUCCGCACACGCGUCGCUUCACUGCCAAGCUGCGCAGCGCUCACAGACACGGCAACAGCCACAGCGAUCACUCGAGUGGCGGCCACAAGCAGAGGAGAUACGAGGCGCGGCGACAGAUCUACCGCGAGAGUCGCCAGAUGAUGAGUCACCACCAUCAUCACAACCACAACCAGGACACCAACAGAUCACAGAGCGGUGCCGGUGGAGACGACGGCCAACAGCCGGACUGCAUCACAGUGGGGACGUCGACAGCCGACGACAAGUCACUGGUGAUGCUGGAGGGCAGGAGUGGCGGAGGCUCUUCCCACCUGCAGCAGCUGCACCCGGCCAACGGGGACCAGCACUCGCGCAUCAUGAUGACCAGUCCUGCGCCCAUCAUGUCCACGCACUCCACUACCACUCAGGUUGUUCUUGACGCAGCCAGAUCGACAGACGUAGACAUGCCCGAAACACAGCCCGCCGGACCCACAGCCACUCUCGUCUCCAGCAUCGAACUGCAGACAUCCACCCCGCCAGCUGGUAAGGAUUUCAUUGAGGGUGUUCAAACAAUGAGGAGUGAGGAUGGCAAGGAGGUGAAGGUCAAAUUUGAAACAUUGCGAGCUAUGGAACAGGGCGAAACACUCGAUAUUGACAGCCACAUGUCUGAGAGGGGUGAUGAUGAACAUGAACAUUCAAUGCACACAAUGAUGAUCACGCCUGAGUUGUUAGGUCUAAUUCCACCCGGCCAUUCCAGUGAAUUGGACAUGAACGGGAGUCAGUCUGACUGCGGCAGCAGCGUGUGUGGCAAGAAUUGCGGGGGUGGGGGUGGAGGAGGUGGUCCUGGCAUGAACAAGAGCUGGUCCCAGGAAGACAUGGAGCUGGCACUAGAUGCUCUGCGCAACCACAACAUGAGUCUCACCAAGGCGUCGACGACCUAUGGCAUUCCAUCGACGACACUGUGGCAGCGCGCGCACCGCAUGGGCAUCGACACGCCCAAGAAGGAAGGGCCGGGCAAGUCGUGGACGGAGGAGGUGCUCAAUGUGGCGCUCGAGGCUCUGCGCAACGGAAGCAUCUCCGCCAACAAGGCUAGCAAGGCUUAUGGCAUUCCGAGCAGCACACUGUACAAGAUAGCGCGCCGCGAAGGCAUCCGACUGGCGGCGCCGUUCAACUCGACGCCGACGACGUGGAACCCCGAGGACCUGGACCGGGCGCUGGAGGGGAUUAGGUCGGGCACGACGACCGUGCAGAAGGCAGCCGCCGAGUACGGCAUUCCAUCGGGCACCCUGUACGGCCGCUGCAAGCGAGAGGGCAUCGAGCUGUCUCGCAGCAACCCGACGCCCUGGUCCGAGGACGCCAUGAACGAGGCGCUCGAGUCUGUCAGGAUCGGGCAGAUGAGCAUCAACCAAGCGGCAAUCCACUACAACUUGCCCUACUCGUCACUCUAUGGUCGCUUCAAGCGCAUCAAGUAUGAGGCCGACCACGAGCACAACACCAACGAGGUUGGCUCGACGAGUGACGUGGACGGUGGGGGAGCCCACACGCCCCACACACCCAUGUCGGGGGGCGUGCCCACGCCCCACAGUGUGCACAGCACCCAUAGUGUGCACAGUGUGCAUAGCGCUCACAGCACCACGUCUGCACCUCCCACGUCCGGCCCUCCUCCCGUGUCAGUUACUUCGGUCCAGACUUCCAUGAGCAAUCAAACACAACAGCAGCAGCAACAACAACAACAACAACAACAACAGCAGCAGCAGCAGCAGCAGCAUCCUCCCCCCCAACCGCCCCCUCCUCCUCACCCACCCAUGCCCCACAUUCCGCCCCAGAUCAUGCUGGUGCAGUACCAGCAGGCGCCCCCGCCGCCCCUGCAUAUGUACCAGCCGGCCCCCAGCUGAAGUCUCUAUGCCUCCACCAGUGAGGUAGCUCCUCCGCCUCCGCCACCGCCCCCACAAUGAUCACAGGUCGGGGCUCAACCACCCUUGCAUCUUAGCCACACCAACAUCUAUCUGAAAUUGAAGUGAGAUUGAUUUGAAGUUAAAGAUCUAUAUGAAAUUAGAGUGAGGUUACUAUUGUAAAAUUGUUUUGGAGAGAUUUAUUGAAUUUAUUGACAGUGGGACCUUUCCUAUUGUCAGGAAGGUAUCCUAAUUGACGUUCCCUUUUAGCUAAAGUUCUAUAAUCUAUCUAAGGAUCAGAUAGAAGUGAUCAAUAACAGGCUGUUUUCUGUUUAGAUUAAACAUGGUGAAGUUUGGACAAUAAUAUCCACUCCUAGCACCUCACCUACUAGAAAUGACUUGUUUAAUCAUAGAGAAGGCGAGGAUACAAGCUAUCAGUAAUUUCUUACUGCCAAUUUUUUCAAUAUUUUAAAUCAGCAUGACAGAUUCAUUGAGUGAAUUAUGUGACGUAACGGACACACAGUCUGAAUCACUAGGUCUGAGAAAUCUAGAAGGUAAAUUUAUAUUCAUUCCAGGAUGUUUGGAACUUGCAUAAAGUUCAUAUAAUUUUUUUUGUCAUUUUAAACUUAAUUACAGUAUUUAGACAGUAUUUGGAUCAUUGUUUUUGGACAGAUUCCCAUUGCUCAAACUGUAAUAUCUGGAAAAGCAACUACUUCUAAAAAGUGUAGGCGUUUUUUGUAAUGAUGCUAUUGUUUACUCUAUCGAAAUGCGUUUAAAUGAAACAUUUUUCUAAGAUUAUUACACAAAAUAAGACUAAUCUGGUUGCCUAGCCUACUACAAUAAAUACGAAUUUGGACACUUUACACAAAAAUAUAAACCUGACGCUAUGAUGCUAAAAGCUCUAUCGCCCCUGAUCAUAUGGGUGAAGACUAAUAAUUUUGGGACUCACCCAAGAUGAGGACGAUGUUGAAGUCCAUCCUCUUGAUGUCGAUUCGGUGGUACACAAUCCCGAAAAAAACUGGUGUAUCAAAUUCCGUACUUUAACGAGACGCGCUCCGAUUUAUUCAAAAGCCCGGAAAAGUGUGCCCGGAAAGAAUGCUUUUUUGUCUCCAGGCCCGACUCUUCCCAGGCCUACACGUGGAAACUAGACUAUGGAAGGGGGGAAGAAGAGUCAGAUACUGGUGAUGGGACGAGUGGACGGAAACUCACUUUCCCAGGCUGGGAUGCUAGCUAGGCAGUUCCCAACCCUGAGAAAGAUCACCACCUCGUUCAUCGGUUAGAAAAAUGCAGGCUUUCCGUAGCCUAUGCUAGGCAGCCAGCAAAACAAUUACGUUCUAUUAAAUUCAAAUUAUCUAUCUAUCAUCUUUACCGUACAACUAUUAUUCUAUAUUUCACUAGUACUAAUUUCUAAUAUUAUCUAUUAUCAAUGAUUUCUAUUACAGAACGAAAUUUAUUAGUCUUGUUGGUUUUAGUUUAGGUUGUUUUAUCCCCAUCAACUUCACAACAUAUUAUUAUUAUUAUUGGAGCCUAGCCCUUUUCAAAGAAUUACAAAAUUUAGGUAUCAGGAAUUUAGCCUUUGGCAAUGAAAAUUUGCAUAAUUUACCGACGUCUGAUCAUUGUGGUGGCAUUUGGUGUCUAAUUCUUGCAUACAGAUUUUGCAAAACGUUUGAAGAUUUGCAAAAGUGUUGCAUCUGUGAACUUUUUGUGGCUGUUAUCGGUCACGUGAUAGAGCUGGUGGAGCUAUUUGUGUGAUAUAAAAACUUUACAAAUUUGUAAAUUGUAGUGUGAACAGUAGCUUUAAUGUAUUGAAUGUGUAUUUUUGUGUUCGUAUUUCGAUCACUUACUUAACAUUCCUUGUUUCUUCCUUAAUACUUUAAACUGUUCGAUUCAAUUUGCAUUUACUCAGUUCAUUUUUGUUCAAAAAUAAUUUAUUGUAAAUAAUUAUUGUGUAUAUAGAAUGUAAAUAGACUAUUGAAAUAAUUUCAAGCUUUGAGGUUUUAACCAACCUUUACAAAAAAUUAUAAGACUUGUUUCAAAAUACAGUCUAAUACAACACAGAGGUAACAAGUGGGCAAUUUUCCAGAAAACAAAAGUAUUUUGAAAAGCCAAAGGAAAUUUAACUUUAUCUUAGGAAAUUUAUCUUAGCUGAUUUGGAUACUGAAAAUUCUGUUUUUCAAAUACAGUACACAGUUAAUAUUUUUCUCAAUCAUAUAUCUUUUAUGAAAUUUUCUAACGAUGGAUAUUUUUAUUAAUUAAUUAAAGAUUGUAUUAAAUUCAAUACUUCUUAUACACAUAUUGUUUGUUUCAAGCAUUUUAUAAUUCUUUUCAAGUCUUCAAGGUUUUUAUUCAGAAGUCGGCUAUACUCAUAAACAUUUUUUCAUUUUAAUUCAUUUUACUAGAAGACUCCUUGUUUUUGUCAAAUUUAAUACAUUAAAUUGCCAUGUUUCUAAAUAGAUUAUCUCUUGUUUGUGGUAAAAACUUUUUUUUACCAAAGCUUUUAAAAGUUCUAGCUGAGAAAAUUAGAAAACACUUGAUUCGUUCAGAAAUAGUUCGUUUCGAAUUUUGUUCCCUCAAUACCAUUUAUAUAGAUAUCAAUAUUUAAUAGAUUCUUUCAAUAUGCUGUUCAACCGGCUCAUUAAAUUUUGGAAGAUUUUCUCUUUUCUAUUCAAAUCUUGCGAAGUUGAGAUGGAAAAGUAAAUCAUGUAGAUGUAUUGAUAAAAGAAAUUUUCUUACUACAUGACCACUUGAAAUUAAUAUGUAUUGAAAAUUAGUUAUUAGUUACAAUGAUCUCAUGAAAUUACUGUAAAAUUAUCGAUUUGAGUGGUAGUGUUUUGACAAAUUGAUGUAUCUAUAAAAAUAAUUCUUGUAGAGUUUAACAAUGGAAUUUGUAAACAUUAUUGGCUAAAUUGAUCAUCGAAAAUGUUUAUCCAACUUUUCUGUUGAUAGUUCAAAUGCAAUAUGAUUACUUACUAAAAGCUUUUUGGAAGUGUGAUACAAAGAUCAAAGAAAUUGAAUAUAUUACAUUAUCAUGUAGAUGAACAACGCUUUACUACAGAUAUCAAUUAUUGUAAGAUCAUUGACAUAUUUGAAUAUUAUCCUUAGUUUUAUUUGUAUUUGAGUGGUUUGAAAAUACAAGUCUGACUACAGUUUUUUAAGGUGGCUGAUGAAUGAUGGACCAUUUUUGGGAUGGUUGUUGGGAUUAUUUCUAUCAGCAUGGAUGUAUAGUAAAUUAAAAUAUUCGGAAGCAAUAGUACAAGAAUAAUAAAUUAUUGACAUAGAAAUUUUAAACUUAUUGAAUUAUGUUA